ACAGACAGCAGUCAUGGACCAGAGGCCUGGGGAAACAGACGAGGCCUAUCAGGCUCGCAUGUUAGCCUGGAGUACGAAGACUAAGAAACGAGCAGAUGACGCUGCCGCAGCAGCGAAGAAGAGGGCAGAGGAUGCCGAGCAGGCACGUCUGCUGGCAGUUGAACAACAGCGCAAGCAUGACGAGGCAGCAGCAAGGGCUGCUAAUGAAGAAAGAACACAGCGUCGUGAGAAGAUAUUCACCAGAGAGCGGGCGUUAUUUACCAUGGCAGCAGAAUGGCGAACCGAGGCCGAGAAUAGCCAGUUGGAGGACAGCGCAAACAAGAUAGCGCUCCUCCUCUCGCAUCUCACGGAUCUCCUGGCAACCUUCAUUACACAGCAGGCGAAGAUUCUUGGUCUCGACAACUCGGUAGCUCAUCUCCAAGACUGCCUUCAGCGGUUGGAGCAGCGACCAGUCGCCGCCGCCGACGCAGGCUCUUCCAAUACUGCCGACCGCCUCACCACAUUGGAGAUCCACGUCGGCUCCCUCCAGGACGGCGCAGAGUUACAGCUCACCACGACGCAACAGUUGCAGCAGCGGGUCUGUACCACCGCCACUGCCUCGAGUACGGAGCCGCGCGAGUCAACUCCAAAGUUUGACGGGCAGGAGAUCUUCUGCGACGCCAUGAAGACAGAUCCGAUUCCAUGGUUUCGCAAGUUCGAGCUCACACUGCAGCUCCACAACGUGGAGCCGCCAGAGAUCAAAGCCAUGAGCAAGCUCAUGGUCUUCGAGCAAGGCACGCUGCCGAGUACGGACUGGAUCGUCGAGUACCAACGCUUGACGUCAGUCCCAGACAUCCAGAUGGGCUUCAAGGCCAUCCGCCACUACUUCAUCUCAAGGUCAUGUCCGGCAUUGAGCAAUGCCCUCGAGGACACCUUGACGACGACGGCGGAGUUAUUUGACAAGGCUGCGCAGAUCAUCGUCACGAACAAGGAGGCCAAGAACCUCCGUUCAUCUGCGUCAGGCCCGAGCAGGGACCAGCAUCGGCCAAGAGUGGCCGUGGUCGCAGCGGCAGCGCCGUUAGACCAAACCAGCGAGGCUGUGUCUGCCAGUGAAGGGGACAGAUUCGCAGCCGCCCGGGAAGGUGGCCGCCCCGGCAGAGGCCGAGGACGCAGCAAGACGAAGACAAACACCGUUUCUAGCCCCGGGCCCGGUGCAGCGGCUCAGACACGCCCAUGGACCCCGUAUGGCAUCUUCGAGUCCGCAUACAAGGCGCGCGAGAGAUUCCACUAUUGCCUUUGGUGCAACAACGAUCUUCAUCAGACGCAGGUUGGGCAAGCGUCCUGCAGCGCUUUGCUGGAUAGCGGCGCGACUCGCAACUUCAUGAGCCAAUCCUUUAUGCAAAGGGUUGGCCUUGGCGCACAAGUUCGGAGGAAGGCAAACCCAACGGCGAUAAAGUUGGCAGAUGGAAAGACGCAGCAACUUCUCGACUGUUACAUCGAGGCCGUACCGGUCUACUUCGCACCUCAUGCAUGCGAACCGGGGACAUUAGAUAUUCUCGACACGGACUUCGACAUCAUUCUGGGAAUGCCUUGGCUUGCAAGUGCGGAUCACACGGUCAACUUCCAUUGGCGGACUCUUAGCGUUCGCGACGCCUUCGGCGUGGAAGUGGCGUGUACUAUUCCUCUACCGCACUCUUCGAUCCGGUGCCAAGUGGUGACGGCCAAAUCAUUCCGGGCAACUUGCGCUUACGAGCAGCCCGAGGAGAUCGGCCUAUGUUUCUUACGGACCGUCGUGGUAGCCAACUCUUCACCCACAGACUUGUCUUCGGACCCCCGUGUGGUACGGUUGCUGGACGAGUUCGCCGACAUCUUCAAGUCACCUACCGGUGUGGUGCCGGGCCGGCCGAUCUCUCACGAGAUCAUUCUUGAGGCCGGUGUCGUGCCCCCGAAAGGUUGCAUCUAUCGGAUGAGCGAGGAGGAGCUUGAGGUACUCCGCGCACAGCUCGAUGAUUUGUUGGCCAAGGGCUGGAUCCGCCCGAGUAGCUCCCCAUAUGGAGCACCAGUUCUCUUCGUCAGGAAUAAGAACAAGGAUCUACGAUUGUGCAUCGACUACCGCAAGCUCAACGCGCAAACCGUCAAGAAUGCGGGGCCUCUUCCUCGCAUCGACAAUCUUCUCGAGCGACUGGGCGGUGCGAAAUAUUUUUCCAAGUUGGAUUGGAAAUCAGGAUAUCCUCAAAUCUCGAUUCAACCGAACGAUCGCUACAAAACCGCAUUCAAGACGCGGUAUGGGCAUUUUGAGUGGGUGGUCAUGCCUUUUGGCCUCACCAAUGGCCCAGCGACGUUCCAGGCGGCGAUGACCAAUGAGUUCCGUGCGAUGUUGGACCGAGUGUUGGAGACGCUCCGCCGUGCCAAGUACAAAGCCAACCGCGACAAGUGCGAAUUUGUCCGGCAAGAGCUGGAAUACUUGGGCCAUUUUGUCACACCGGAGGGCAUCAGUCCGCUAUCGGACAAGAUUCAGGCCGUCCAAGAGUGGUCGGAGCCUCGGAACGUCAUGGAUGUCCGCUCGUUCCUCCGUCUUACUGGCUACUAUCAGCGCUUCAUCAAAGGCUACUCCAAGAUCGCGGCCCACCUGAACAAGCUUCAGUGCGAGGAUCGACCGUUUGACUUCAGAGAGGAGGGGCGAGGAUCAUUCUUCGCUCUCAAAGCCGCGCUAUUGUCUGCGGAGGUCUUGCGAAUCUACGACCCGCUCGCGCCUACGCGUGUCACUACGGAUGCGUCAGGCUAUGACAUUGGGGCAGUCCUCGAGCAACAUGAUGGUGUGGACUGGCACCCGGUCGAGUACUUCAGCAAGAAAGUGCCCCUCGUGCAUUCCAUUGACGAUAAACGCAAGAAGGAGCUCCUCGCCUUCGUCCACGCACUCAAGUGGUGGCGGCACUUCCUCCUUGGUCGAAGCCAAUUUCGCUGGGUAACGGACAACAAUCAGUUGGUCUUCUACAAGACCCAAGACACCGUCAACAGCACCAUCGCUCGAUGGAUGGCUUUCAUCGACCAGUUCGACUUCUUUCCCGAUCACAUUCCCGGGAAGUCGAACCGUUUUGCGGAUGCUCUUUCACGGCGUCCGGAUCAUUGUACCGCGGUCUACUCAACCUUCGAGAUCGACGACGACCUGCGGAACAGCUUCAUCCGCGGCUACCAAGCCGACCCCGAUUUUCGCGACAAGUACGCGAAUUGCUCCUCUCCUAAUCCGGCUCCUUCUCACUACCGGAUCCAAGAGGGGUACUUGCUUGUCCACACGAGGGGGAAGGAUCUUCUUUGCGUACCGAGUGAUCCUCACUUGCGUACAUGCCUUCUUGGCGAGUUCCACGACGCUCCCGCCAUUGGACAUUUUGGAGUCAAUCGCACGCUUGGCCGACUUCGCCAGCGAUUUUGGUGGCCCGGCCUUCUCGGCGAUGUCACUUGCUAUUGCGAGUCAUGCGAGGUUUGCCGACGCUGCAAAUCCCGCAACCAUCGUCCGUACGGCGAGUUACGAUCAUUGCCAGUCGCACCAAGGGUUACCCCAAGGAGAUCGUCUGCGACCGCGACACUCGGUUCAUGUCCGAUUUUUGGUUGGCGCUCAUCAAGCGAUGGGGCUCAUCUCUCAAGCCCAGUUCAGCUCGCCACCCUCAGACCGAUGGCCAGACGGAGAGGGCGCAUCAGACYGCWMARGUUCUCCUUCGCACUCUCAUCCGCCCCGACCAGAAAGACUGGGUUGAGCGACUGCCGGAUGUUGAGUUGGCCUACAACUCUUCCAUCCCCCGGCUAUUGGGAUAUCGCCCUUCGAGUUCGAGCAUGGCUCGCCGGUCACAUCACCGUUGGACACUAUUACUCCACGCACGACCGAGAGCGAUGACCAUCUUCUCUUCUUCCGUCGGAUGCAAGAGCUUCUUGUCAAGGCACGCGACCAGAUGGCUAAGACGCA